AUGAACAACGAGACGGUCGGCUCGCUCCUGGCCGUCAUUGCGAACUCACUCAACGAUGGAUUGCGCAUCAUGAUGUUCGCCGACAAGCAGGGGUGGUCGUCGGACGAAUUCGAUCAGUUGAAGCUGCUGGAGGAGACGCUCGAUGAGGCGAAGCGGGACUUUCAGGAGCUGCCCGCGUUGGUGCAUGGUCAGGUUUAUUAUGAGCAUGACCGGAAAUCCGAAUCCCUCGAAGAUCUCCGACUCCUCUGCACCCGCUUCGAACUACACAUGCAAAACUUCAAAGACUGGGCCCGCACCGGCGGGCCCAUCAACCCAGUCUGGGCGCGCGAAACGAUCGAGCUGCGCCGGGAACUCCACCGCGCCCAAUGCCGCGCAGCAAGGCGCAUCUUUAACGCGGAGCAAGAAACUACGACGCGGUGUCUGGGGGCCUUCCAGGUCUUCCGCGUGCAGCGGUCGCCGGAAAAAGCGCAGCAGCGCAACCUCGAGGAACUCAUGAUGAGCAACAAGGUGGGCAAGUUCGAGCGCUUUGGCGAGCACGGCAUCGCCUUUGUGUGCGACUUCUGCGACGGGUAUAUGGUCUGGGAUGACCUGCGCGAGAUGCCGUCGCACCGCAAACCGACGACGACGCCCGACGGGCUCGAGCCCAUGAGCGGGACGAGCACAACGCCCGCAACGCAGGAUACCUGGCAGGCUACGGGGUUUAGCGCAUCUGACGGGACCGAAAAGCCUAUCGUUUUCGCGCCCGUCGUCAUUGCGAAUCACAUGCCACCCGUGCCCGGGGAGUGGCAGGCGAGGAUAUUGUGUCCGUAUUGUGACGAGUACUACGAGUAUGAGCAGGGCGACGACGAGAUGGAGCGCGUGAAAUGGAACCAGGACGAAGACGGGUUCGAGGACAUGGCUGCUUUUAAGGAACACCUCGAAUGGAGCCACGUCGGCAUAGUACCCAGCACCACCAAUUGCUCCGUUAUGUGA